GUCUUCAAGACUUGUUGUGCCUAUAUGUUCAUUGGGCAAGAGUCACCUUUUAGAAAGAAAAUGCUAAAGAAUUUACUCCCUUUCUCACUUCUUCCACUGUUUCUCCAGUCUUAUCUUGCUUUCCAUUACUAUAUAUUAUAGUUUUCCUUUCCAUUUUAACUUUUUCAUUAUAAGUCUAGUCUUGGUCCCUUGAUUUCUUUCAUCUUACUUCGUUUCUGCAUAAUCUUGUUUCAGUGUAAUCAAGAGAGAGGGAGAGGAUGGGAAAUGCUCUUAGGCUUCUUUGUGGGAACUGUUGCAAGCCAAAAACUCAAGAGUCAGACCAUGGUGUUUCGGCUCUGGUUCACGAUCUUGCUAACUAUGAGAACAAUUGUCAGGUUCCUGCAAGACUUAGUCAGCAUGUUGCGCAAUCAAAGAAAGCUCAAGCUAAAUUGUACAACAAACUAUUGCAGGCAUGGAAAGAAGCAAAACCACAACCGAAAACAGCUGAACAAGCAUCCAGGCUUGUCUAUCAGACCCUAAAGGGACACCCAAAGGCCGACAUAGAGGGUCUACUGAGAUUUUAUAGUUUUCCUCUUCCGAGUAAUUGGAUUGGAAUUCCUGUGGUAGAAGUUUUUCCUCCCCGACCAGAAUAUGAGUUACAGACAUUUCCAGUGGAUGCAAAAGCUGUUGGUGAUGGAGAUGGCUUGACUGUUUAUGUUGAUGCUGCGGACCCCAGCGAAGCACCUAAAGUUCCACAGGCUGUAAGAUCGGCAGCCUUGCGACGAUCAAAAGCACGUGCAUCCAGGGAUUAUCGGAUUGCAGAUGCACUGCAGCAGAACAUUAUUGAUGCUGGUUACAGAGUCGACAACGAGAAUAAUCUUGCAAAAACGUAUAAGAUACGUAUGAGGGGCAUUGAUGCACCAGAGAUGCAAAUGCCCUACGGGAAAGAGGCGAAGGCAGAACUCACGAAGCUACUCCAAGGCAAGUGUCUGACUAUUGGUGUUUACUGUACGGAUCAGUAUGACCGACUCGUAGGAGACAUCCAUUGCAAUGGAAAAUUUGCACAGAAAGCAAUGCUCACAGGAGGGCACGCGUGGCAUUAUGAAAAGUAUGACAAGCGCCCUGAAUUCAAAAAGGCUAGAGCUGCUCGGGUUGGAUUGUGGGCAUCUCCAAAUCCUCAAAAGCCAUGGGAAUGGAGGAAAAACAAUCCAAACCACAGAAACACUUGAAGCAGUAGACUCCCUGGGUUCGACUAAACACUUGGGUGUGAAGACAACACAAUAAAGCACAAAGACAGUGCACACCAAUAUAAACAAGCAGAAUUGAGGAUUUCAUUGUAUCAAUAUUUUUCUUUUCGGGUUUCCCUUUGUUGUAAUAAGCUCACAAAACCUUAUUAUCACAUUGUAUUAUAUAUAUCUUUUUCGUUCAA